CCCCGCACCGCGUCCCACCCGGCCACCGGCUGCCACCGUGGGGACAGCACCGGGGCUGCGUGCCCAUAGCGCCGCGGGACGGUGCCGGGGAGGUGCCUGGGGCUGGUGUUUCCUUGGGCUGGUCCCUUUGGGAUGGUGAUGCUCAGGCUGGGAGACGUGGCAAUAACGCCAAUAGCAUCCCCCGUGUGUUAGCGCUCGCGUGGUCCAGUGUCAGCCCUGUGGGCUGGGAGGAGAGAUGGAUGUGGCACAGGAUGGAAAUCCUCCCAGCCCUGUCCUUUUUGCCCCAUAUCUCCGUCUCGCUCCCACCUCGCGGUUUUCCACCUUUUUCUCCAAGCUCCUCAAUGGCAGGUCCAUUCCUCAGCAUACCGGCAGCUUUUCUCUGCUGUUUGCCAUCUAUCUGGAUGUGGGUCGUAAAUCUCAGCUUCCUCCUGGUGCGAGCGCAUCGUGUGGGCUCUGUACCUGGUGUUGGUUGUAGGGACGAGUGAAGGGCAAAACGCGCUCUGAGCCUUUAGGGAGGGCUGGAGUGGCUGUGAUGGAUGGAGCUCACCAGAUGUAAAAUAACACGAAGACUUUGUUUUCCUUGGCACAGCUUUAAUCAGUCCUUGUUUGCUAGGUCGGAUUCCUCUUCCAAAAUAUGUUAAACGUGAAAAUCACACUGCUGCUUUUCCCUCGGUUUUCGAUGUUUCCCUUCUCACUUUAGACUCCAAUAAAAUGGGUAAUGUCCCAUUUUUUUUCCUUACUGUUGAAUUUCUCCUUUUCCUCUCACUGCUCUCUGCGUCCUCAAACACUCACCAAAUCCUUACCUGUGCUGGAAGAGGUGGGGACCGUGGUUUUACGGAGACGAGAGGUGGUCUCUGCAGUGAAAACUUGCUUUGCAUCCACUGGGAAUCCACCUGCUUUUAAUAUUUCAUCCUCUGGGAUUUCAGAUGGAGCCUUCCCCCUUUCCCCCUACGCUCACCCUGGUGUCCCUGGGCUGCACCCCUGCACACGGGGCUCUCAGGGGCAGGAACCUACAAGCACAGCAGCUCUUCCAUUCAGCCCCGCGUGCCUGGCUGAGAUGUAGACACCUCCCCUCAAUGUUGAGAUUUCACACGAUGGGGAAUCUGCUGUGUGAUAGCCCGGCUCUCCUGAUGGUUAUUUCUCCUUUCCAUUAAAAAUCUGCACUUUACUGCUAGCCUGGAUUCCUCUCGCUUUAGCUCCCAGCCCCAGGAGGUUUUGCUGCCUUUGUUUGCCGGGAUAAAGGACCGCAGCAAUCAGAGCUGUUCCCAACAUGUCGGUAUUUAUAGAUGCGUCUGAGUUCCCUCUUAACUUUCCCUUAGAUAAACUAAACAGAUUGGCUUCCUCACUCGCUCAGUGUUGUUCCAGCCCUGAAAUUGUUCCUGUCAUUCUAUUCUGAAGCGUUUCUUUUCUUUUCAGCCUUUUCCUUGUAUGGGGUUGGGUCAGUGUGAUGGGCACCUUCAGCUAGAGCACUCACACCCACACCUCUUCCCUCCCAACCCAAAUGCGUGCAGAGCAGGGGCCUGGAGGGAAAACCUUUAGGAUAGUGAUGUGCAGUGCUUGGCUGUGCCUGGGGCUCUGCAAUCUGUGGGGCAGCUCUCCUGGAAACUGGGACCAAGCAGUGCUGGAAGCUGCAGGCUCGGAGCUGCUCCUCUCCAAACUGGGUUAUGUGGAGUUGGCCACAGAGGUGAGCCUCAUCCCUCAGCUGUCCUCAUCUGAACAUUGUCAUCGUUGCUUGAAGACAUGCUUUGACCUGCACCUCCAUGUGCAGGAUGUCACAGGGUUGGAUGACCCUCCACACCCAACUCCUGCCCUGCUCCUGGCUGGCUUCUUGUUCCUGGCUUUUGGUGCCGCAUUUCUAAAGCACUUGAGUUGCAAAUGGCACUCAGAAGAACCGAGGAAGCUUUUAUGAUAGAUUAUAUUCAAUGAUAAUAGGGCACGUGGGCGCCAAGGCAGGGCAGAGCAGCUGCAUCCCUUGUGCUAUCAGCCCACAAGCAAGGGCUCCAGUGGAUAGCUCACUGCUGAGAAAAGGCGUGGAGACAAGCUGGUGUGUCCUGCCAGCUUCUUUUAUUGCAUCCAUCGCUGUGAAUAAGUUUUCUGUCGUCCUGGCUCCGGCCUCUCCCCAGCGGUAACAGCAGAGUGAAAGUCACCGUAACCUGCCUUAGCCAGGAAGGCGCACAAGAAACGAAUGGCCUGUCUGCACGAAUGCUUCCAGGAACAGGAAAUGUUCUGUCUGCUGCCAUGGCUCCGUGCACUCCGAGUAGCCCCGCGCCGUGCAAAUGGCUGCUGCUCAGGAAGCGGGACCGGCACGCAGAGCGUCAGCGUGCUUUUGGGGGCUGAAAGCAUCCCUCGGUGGGAAAGCGAUGUUCAGCCCACAAAGGGAUGCGGGCAGCUGCAACACCCCGUGGAAGCACGAUCCUGCACGCUCUGUGGGGUUUUGCCAGCCAAAUCCUCCAUGUCGGCCUCUCUCUGCUUUAGCUUUUGGGGCUUGCGCGUGGGGAAGAACGCGAUGCUGCUCCCGCAAGCGCUGCCCGCCUGUGCCCAGGGGGUGGCAGGAAGGCUUCGUCUGUCUGAAAGCACCAUCCUCCCCCCCCCCCCCCCCCCCCUCCCGGCUCAGGGAGCAGAGAGCAGCCAGCUGGAGCGAUGAAUGCCAGAGGAACAAUACCGCUGAUGAGCAGAAACGCUGCGGCUGCGAGGAAGCGCUGCUCGGCCCCUGACGGAGCCGCUCUGACUUCAUCUCUGUCACUGUGCCACCGCGGUCUGCCCUGCGCAUCCCUCCCUGCGCCGCGAUGCUGAUCCCGGCAGCCGAUGCUGAGUGCCAGCGGCUCUUAGAGUGAUGGAGGGGCUGCUUCAGCAAGCAGUUGUGCCUUGCGUGCUUCUGUGUUGCCGGUGGAUGGGAAACCCUGCUGGCAGAGCUGCUGCCUCUCGCCCAGGCUAUGGGUGCAGGGGAGUGUGCCCCCCGUGUGCCAGGCAGAGGGUGUUUUGGCAAAGGCCAAUAAUGUCCCCUUCCCUUCCUGCCAGCCCAGGGAGGACACGGCCCAGCCCUGCAGGAUCUCGGGAGCCCUCCCUGCUGCUGUCAGUGCUGAAGAAAACAUAAGUGUUCACCCUGACCCCUAGCUUGGGGGCUGCUCCGCCAGCACCACUGUGCCUGUCUGCUUCACCUCAGAAGCCAAAGCACUGAGGCCAAGCAGAUGUCUGUCUGUCUGUCUGUCCGCCUGUCUGCUGCAACUCGCUCCAACUCAGCCACACAUCAGCCCUUGCAGCACAGACACCCAGCUGGGCAGCCGCUACCCGUGUCUCGAGAAGGCUGCUGCACAAAGGGGAUUUCAGCAUGGGCUGUGUCAGGGAGAGCUGUCACUUCGGUGGACGUUUUGGGGUUGAAUGGCCUCAGCUUUACUAGAGGCUCUUGCUAUUCUUGCUGCAGAGAUGAACAAGGAGAUGCUUAGACUUCAGUUCUCCCAGCUCUAUGUAUGGCUUCAGCAAAGGAUGAAUUUGAUGGAGCCACCAGCCUGUCAAACGCAGAUCACGUGCAGCCAUCUGUUCCCACUCUAUUCAGGGACUUUCCGUCUAAAACCAGCAGCAAAAGGAAGAUCCAUAGCAGGCUGCGAGGCUUUUCUGGCUCUGCAGCACAGGAAGGUUCUGCUGGAGAUGGGGCUGUUGGUCUGUCCACUCACUCAGGUCAUCGUUGCUGUUUGGGAGUUAUUUUGUUCGGUGAUAGUGCAAGCAUGUGCAGUGCUGGGCUGCCCCAUAGCCAUGCUCCCAUAGCCCAGAUGAACUCCGAGUCCAUCCUUCCAGAUCCAUGCUUCACUGACCUCCUCCUGCUGUCCCCAGCAGGGCAGGGCUGCUGGCAUUACCUGUGCAUUGAGAGUCAUGCUUUCCCAGGGCUUAGCUCUGAAAGCAGGAGCUGACACCACCAGAGCAGAAUAGGGACUGAAGCGCCCUGGGUGCCAGUCUCUGGAGGCUGAUGACAAAUCUCCCGGGUGCGUUUUUGCAAAGUAAAUGGGCUCCUCUCUCCAUUCUGUUAAAGGAACAAAAUGAGCUGCAAGGCAGAGCCUGGCAGGCCAGCUGCCUCCUAGCUAGAGCCGGGAAAACGUCGCUGCAUCUUAAUGGUGUCGGGAAGGAUGGAAUCAGAAUGGUGGUGAAAGAGGCAUCACCAGCGCUGUUAUAAAUAGAGCAGCCGUGAUAACUGCUCAGGAGGCUUUUUAGUCUUUGGGAUUUGGAGGAUAAGCACUGAGCUAUGCUGAGAGGUCCAUUAUCUGUGGCUUUUGUAGGAGUUAGGGGAAUCUGCAGGGGAACGAGGGCAGUGGAUGAGUGCGGGUUUGGGAAUCAUCCCUCUUGUGAAUCUGAGUGUGACCCCGUUUUAAGGCUUUCUGCUACGUGCUGCUGCCUCUUGCACUGCUCUGCCUGCUCCGAGGUGGUUGCACCACGCGUGGCUGCAGUGAUGGUUUCAGGCCAACCUGGUGCCCUGCUGCAGGAAUGCACGGAUUCUCUCCAGCACCCGCUGUAACCACGCAGCCUGCAAGCACACAGCACAAUGCAAGAACUUUGCUGGCAUUGCACUUAAGAAAUGAUUCCAAGCAUUGAGAUUCAGGCAAAGGACCCCUGCGCUCUGUGGCCUAGAUAGUUCUCAGGGCUGGCACUGCUUAGGCAUUCUGGUGCCCGCAGCACUGGCACAUGGAGCAUCGUGCCCAGCCUCACCACCAGGCACCCACCUGUGCGUGCCCAGAGCCAGGCUCAGCUCUGCCAGCAUCGCAGCCGUGUCCUGCCGCAUGUCUCUUCCCCUUUCAGGGUCAUUUUCAGACCGGGUCACUUCACAGCCAGGUUCCUGCAGUCCGCAUGCAGGAGAGUUUGCAGAGAGCAACCAAUGCAGGGAUGCACUGCGGUGCUGGGGAGGCAUAACCUGCUCCUGGGCCAGUGUCAUUGCUGAUGCCAUCAGGUCCAUGCCCCCACAUGUGCCAUGUUGCUGUGUCCCAUGCAUGCAAGGACGUGUUUUGCAAGCUGAAUCUCACGUGGUGUUUUUGCAGGGAAGUUUUGUGCCUUCUGGUAUCGUGCUGCUGCAGGAGUGCACCUGUGGGGCUGCUUUGGUGCAGAACAGCAGCGUGGCAAUAGAGCCGCUCUCCCAGUUCUCUGCUGUCACCCAUCCAUGAGCCCCCCACAACAGCCAGACCUGAGCAGCCGUGUCCCACCCUGCAGGUGGGCAGAGUCACCUGUCACCCCGGGCUUAUGCCAAGUGCUGACACGCAGCUGUCUGUCAGUGCAUCCAUGCCUCUGUGGCCUGAGGUGCACCUGCUGCCUGCCCCACGCGUGAGCACACCUUUCAAGGUCACCUCAGGGCUUCCGAAAUACUCCUUUCUGCUCUAGGCGUGCGGGCGGCGGAGGGGAAGGGUUUAAAAGCGACACUGCGCCUUUAAGGGAGGCCCGUGAGCCGGCUGCGGCCCUGCGGCACGGCCGCUGAUUGGCUGAGCGGCGGGCAGGCGGGCGGGAGGCGGGGACAGCCAUUCAGAAACUCCGAGCUGCACUCGCUCCCUUAAAGGGGACGCGGCAGGGCAGAAAAGUAGGGCUGAGGCCGGCCGGGCGGCCACCUCCCGUCCGUCGCAGCUGGCUCUGGUCAUCGCCGGGUCCCCACGUACACCAGCACGCUGCUGCCCUGGAUGAGUGGCCGCCCUGACCCCCUGGUUGCAGGGGCAAUGCAAGCCAACCCUGCUCCCAUUAUCGUGAACACAGACUCGCUGGAACAAGGGCUCUCUGUGAACGGCAGCGAUGGGAUGUUCAAAUACGAGGAGAUCGUCCUGGAAAGGGGUAACUCCGGCCUCGGCUUCAGCAUAGCAGGAGGGAUCGACAACCCCCACAUUCCAGAUGAUCCCGGCAUCUUCAUCACCAAAAUCAUCCCCGGGGGAGCGGCGGCCAUGGAUGGACGUUUGGGGGUGAACGACUGCGUGCUGCGGGUCAACGACGUGGACGUCUCCGAGGUGGUGCACAGCAAAGCAGUGGAGGCCCUGAAGGAAGCGGGCCCCGUGGUGCGGCUCGUGGUGCGGCGCCGGCAGCCCCCGCCUGAGACCAUCAUGGAGGUCAACCUGAUGAAGGGACCCAAAGGACUGGGCUUCAGCAUCGCAGGGGGCAUUGGGAACCAGCACAUCCCCGGGGACAACAGCAUCUACAUCACCAAGAUCAUCGAGGGAGGCGCUGCCCAGAAGGACGGGCGCCUGCAGAUCGGGGACCGGCUGCUGGCGGUGAACAACACCAACCUGCAGGACGUGCGGCACGAGGAGGCGGUGGCCGCGUUGAAGAACACCUCUGACAUGGUGUACCUGAAAGUGGCCAAGCCCGGCAGCCUGCACCUCAACGACAUGUACGCGCCCCCCGACUACACCAGCACCUUCUCAGCCUUGGCUGACAACCACAUAAGCCAUAACUCCAGUCUGGGCUACUUGGGUGGCGUGGAGAGCAAGCCCCCAUACCCCGUCCCCCCACAAGUGACCCCCUCCAGGUACUCGCCCAUCCCUCGGCACAUGAUCGGGGAUGAAGACUUCACCAGAGAGCCCCGGAAAAUCAUCCUACACAAAGGUUCCACCGGCCUGGGCUUCAACAUCGUCGGGGGGGAGGACGGAGAGGGCAUCUUCGUGUCCUUCAUCCUGGCCGGAGGCCCCGCCGACCUCAGCGGGGAGCUGCGGAGAGGAGACCGCAUCCUGUCGGUGAACGGCGUGAACCUCCGCAACGCCACCCACGAGCAGGCGGCAGCGGCGCUGAAGCGGGCGGGGCAGACGGUGACCAUCAUCGCGCAGUACCGGCCCGAAGAGUACAGCCGCUUCGAGUCCAAGAUCCACGACUUGAGAGAGCAGAUGAUGAACAGCAGCAUGAGCUCUGGCUCUGGCUCGCUCCGGACAAGCGAGAAGAGAUCCCUCUAUGUCCGAGCACUGUUUGACUAUGACCGGACCCGGGACAGCUGCUUACCCAGCCAGGGGCUCAGCUUCUCCUAUGGGGACAUCCUGCAUGUCAUCAAUGCCUCUGACGAUGAGUGGUGGCAAGCCAGGCUUGUGACACCCCAUGGCGAGAGCGAGCAGAUCGGGGUCAUCCCCAGCAAGAAGAGGGUGGAGAAGAAGGAGAGAGCGCGGUUGAAAACGGUGAAGUUCCACGCCAGGACCGGCAUGAUAGAGUCCAACCGGUCGAUCAAAACGAAACGUAAAAAGAGUUUCCGCCUCUCUCGAAAGUUUCCAUUUUACAAGAGCAAAGAGAACCUGGCCCAGGAGAGCAGCGGACAGGAACAGGGCGUGACAUCAAACACCAGUGACAGCGAGAGCAGUUCCAAAGGACAAGAGGACACUAUCCUGUCAUACGAGCCAGUGACGCGGCAAGAAAUUCACUACGCCAGGCCUGUGAUCAUCCUGGGGCCCACAAAGGACCGAAUUAAUGAUGACCUCAUCUCUGAAUUUCCACACAAGUUUGGUUCCUGCGUGCCACACACCACGAGGCCUCGGCGUGACAAUGAGGUGGAUGGACAGGAUUACCACUUCGUCGUCUCCCGAGAACAGAUGGAGAAGGAUAUUCAGGACAACAAGUUCAUAGAGGCCGGGCAGUUCAACGACAACCUCUACGGGACCAGCAUUCAGUCAGUGCGGGCGGUCGCGGAGAGGGGAAAACACUGCAUCUUGGAUGUAUCUGGCAAUGCUAUCAAGAGGUUGCAACAAGCACAACUUUAUCCCAUUGCCAUUUUCAUCAAACCAAAAUCCAUCGAAGCGCUCAUGGAGAUGAACCGGAGACAGACAUACGAACAGGCCAACAAGGUCUUUGACAAAGCCAUGAAACUCGAGCAAGAAUUCGGAGAGUAUUUUACAGCCAUCGUACAAGGAGACUCUCUGGAAGAGAUUUACAGCAAAAUCAAACAGAUCAUCGAGGACCAAUCCGGGCACUACAUCUGGGUCCCAUCCCCAGAGAAGCUCUGAAGACGUCCCCCACCUGCGGGGACCAUCUCUGACGUCCCACCCCACCCGCGCCCUCUGCCCCAAGGGGGGGGGGGAUGUGCAAACCAUUCCUGCCCCCUUUUUUUAGAUCGUCGCAAAAUUGAGUUUUCUAGUCCUGUUUCUUUUGUUGGGAUGAACUGAUCUCAUUCAUCACGUGACUGUUCCCACCAUCCCUGCAUGGACCUUCCCACUGCUCCAUUAGAGACAGAUGAGAACCCAUUCAAGAGUCGUUUUUUAUUAUUAUUAUUAUUAUUAUUAUUAACUAAACCGAGAAUCCAGAUGGGAGGAGGCGGCUGAGGACUAACGUAAGAAACAAGCGAAACAAUGGACUCUGAGAACACGAGCAGUGUCAGAGCUCCGGGGCAUUUUUUCCAGGUGCGACUGCCUAGCAGCUCUGAGCAGCGCGACAGAAUGGCAGCAGAAGGCAUUUUAUUUAUCUGUAUAUGUAAUUUAUAUAUAAUAUAGAGAAAGAUAUUAUAUAUAUAUUAUAUAUAUAUAUCCAUGUGGAUUAGGAAACCUGAGGGACCUCUUCCAAGGUACUGUGUUAUUGCAAGGAUCUUUCAGUUUCUUUGUCCCACCCGCUGGGCGUAGGGAAUCCGCUGGGGCAGAAGCGAUCGCAGCGGUACCACGAGCAUCUCCUGCUGCCCCUGCCAGCAGCCCCAGGUCGGGGGGCAGCACAGAACCCGGGACACUGCAUCUGCAGAGGGACCCGGAGCUCUGGGCUGACCCAGGAGCCACAGACUGAGCAGGAGGUUGCGGAGGGAGAGAAUGGAUGAUGCUACAUAUUAAAUUGCACAUUGUUUUACACGCCACCGUAUGUGUUUGCAUGAGAGGUUUCCUUUUGGUUCUAUUUUUUUAAGCUGAUGUUAAAACCAAAACCAUAUUGUGUUGCUGUGUUGGCUUUUUUGUUAUUUUUUUUUUUCAUUAUUCCAUUUUUUUUUUCUCUCUUGUUAAUAAUGAACUGAACGGGUAUAAAAUCCAGUUUUUUAACUUAUUUUUUAAGCUGGCUGUAUUGUAAAUAGAAUCUAGACCUGAGGUGUUUAGUUAGGAAAUACUCUACCAGCCUCAUGAAACAAUGUACUCGCUGUCCUGUGUUGCUGUGGAAAACCCGGGAUGUCAGGCAGGCCCUGUACCUGUGCUUGGAGGUGAAUGAUCCUUGCUGGCAUCGGCCGCUGCCACGAAGAGCCCUGGCUGUGCCCUGGGUGGUCGCUCACAGGCUUUCAGAUGGGUAGGAAUGGGGCAGCAGAUGAAAGCCUUCCUCCUUCCUUCCCUGCUGUGUGCCAUGCUCACUGCUCCUCUCCCUGCACGUGUGGUGGUGGCUGUGGGUGUGAGCUCUGUCCUCUGGCACUGGGAGCGGUGGGGAAACGAGCGCUCACCUCCUGGUUCUGUCUUCCCUCUGGCAUUGGGCUCUGUGCCCUUUCUCAAAUUUACCUCCGGGAACUGCUCUGGGUGCCUCCUGCUCGUGGUUUGGUGGGGACGGAGUCGUGCGCUGCGCACCGGGCUGCCGUGUGCUGUGGUUUCCCAAAUGAGGUGGCUGUUAGUGCUGGGAGCUGGCCCCGUGCAGAGGAAUGUUCCUUCUGGAGGAAGCUUUGGCACUGGAGCGGGGCUCUGUCGUGGGAACGGGGCUGUGUGAAGCUGCUGGGGAGCUCAGGCUUUGAGCUGCGUUUCCAGGUGCUGACAGCCAAGGUGGGAGAGCCCCCUCUCCUUAUAGACUGCAAAUGCUGUUCUCAAACACAGCGCCGAGCAGCAGAGGAGAGGCAGGCAGCAGCAGGUAAGUCCAGGCUGUGCCCCCUCCCCUUUCUGUACAGAGGUGAGUGCGGCAGUGCCAGUGCCCUUCCCUGGAGGUAACGGCUGUGGGUGCACAGGGCGCAGCGUGAAUGCGAGCUGCUGUGCAGGUGCUCUGCUGAGAAGCUGCACUUGUCCUGCACCACGUGGAGCCCACGGGGACAGAGCAGCCUGCUGGGAUGGAAAGCAGUGCUGCAAGCAGACAGCGCUGUGGAUACAGGGGAGGGGAGGGAGGAUUCUGCUGCCAAGGGGACCUGCCCUGAAGGAGUGAACUUGGGAUGCUGCUGUGCUGGGCUCGCUGCAGUGCUGCGGGCAGCAGUCCCUGGAGCAGCACAGUGAGUGACACACGGGUCCUUACGAUGCUCGUCACACAGUUCUUGUCUCAGCUGUUUUCCUAAUAGCCUGUCUGUUCUCAAGCCCCAUGGAGAAAAAGCCAAUGUACUCCAUGGCACAGCUGCCAGUAUCGAAUUGAUCACCACGCUCGUUGGUUACCGGUGUUUCUUCCAAGGAGACGUAUAUUUUUAAUAAACAGAGAGUUGCAAAGAA